AUGUUCGCCGCCCGCGUCUUCCGCAAUGCCAUUCCGGCCUUCCGCCGCCACACACAGCGGAGAAUGCAGUCCAACCUUGGCCCCCAGGACAAUGCUUUCAACAGAGAGCGUCAGGCCGUCAAGGACCACGCCGCCGCGACCAGUGAUACCUGGCGCAAGCUCUCAAUCUAUGUGGUGAUCCCAUCCACAAUCAUCGCGAGCGUCAACGCCUGGCGCCUUUGGAACGAGCACUGGGAGCACGUUGCACACGGCCCUGCGCUUGAGGACAAGACCGAAUAUCCAUACCAGAACAUCCGCACCAAGRGCUAUCCUUGGGGUAACGGUGACCAGACUCUCUUCUGGAACGAGAAGGUCAACUACCACAAGCCAGCCGACGAGUAG